GUCGAGGUGGCAGCAGAACCCGGAGCCGCCGCAGCUGACUGAGGAGACUCUCCGCGCUGGCUUCGCCCUCCCGAUAACACCCUUUGCCGGUUCUUUCUAUUGCGGCCGCUGGGCCAGAGAUCGAACCGGGCUUCGGUGGGGGAAGCGGCGCCGAGGAGAGCCGGGGAGGGGCUGCUGCUGUCCUUGCGACUCCCUUAAAUAUCCGUCCCGUGUUGUGCCAACUGCCAGCCGCGAUGGCGUCGUGGUUGGGGGGCCUGGGCGCGGGCCUGGGCCAGUCGCUGGUGGGCCAGGUGGGGGGCAGCCUGUCCACUCUCACGGGGCAGAUUUCUAGCUUCACCAAGGAUAUGCUGUUGGAAGGCACGGAGGAGGUAGGAGGUGUGGGAACAGACUUUGGUGUAUCCAAUUCUAAUCUAAGGGAUAUAGAAAAUACUUAUGCAACUCUGCGGUCAGAGAAUGAGAGGUUGAAGAAAGUUUGUAAUGAUCUGGAAGAAAAACAUGAAGCAGCAGAGCUUCAAAUAAAACAACAGUCUAUAGAAUACCGGAAUCAACUGCAACAGAAAGAGGUGGAAAUCAGCCAUCUUAAAGCUAGGCAUCAUGCGCUACAGGAGCAACUGCAGACGGUGCAGACAGCAGCCCAGUCAGCACAGUUAGGAGCAGGUGUCUCUCCGUCAACCACUACGUCAGCAUCCUUUGUCCCUGUGGUCAGACAUGCAUCUUCUGGUUUUCAAGGAGAUGAUAUGGACUUUGGAGAUGUAAUCUGGUCUCAGCAAGAAAUAAACAGAUUGUCCAAUGACAUUUCUAGGCUUGAAACUGAAGUUGAACACUGGAAGAAGAUUGCACAAUUUUCCAAACUACAAGGAUCAAGUGAUACAGAUGAGAAUGAAAUCUGCAAGCUCCAAAAUAUUAUAAAGGACCUAAAACAGCGCUUAAGUCAAGAAAUAGAUGAGCAUCAGCAUGAGCUUUCAGUAUUACAGGAUGCGCACCGUCAGAAAUUAACAGAGAUAAGCAGGCGUCAUAGAGAAGAACUGGGUGAAUAUGAAGAACGAAUAGAAGAACUUGAGGAUCAGUUACAGAAAGGAGCUGGAAUUGGUCUACAGAGUAAUAUGGCCGAAUCCAAAGCGGCACGCUUGAAGGAGCUGGAGGACGAAGCAAAAAUUAUAAAUCAAAAAUUAUCUUCAGCAGCAGAAGAAAAAAAUCUUGUCUUGAAAGAGCUUGAAUUGGUGAAAAAGGAGAACAGUCAAGUAACACAAGAAUACGAGAGAUUGAAAUCUGAAUUCAGUAAACUCCCGUCUCCUGUUCCAAAAGAUCAGGCUGGUUUGGAAGCCCAGGUUGAAGCCUCCCAGCAAGCGGUACAGUCACUGCAAGCAGAAGUGCUCCAGCUACAGCAAGCACUGCUCGAUGCGGAAAAUGAAAUAACAAGACUUACAAGGCCAGAUCAGGAAGGAUUUCAGAAAGAAGGGGCAAGUUUACAUCCGCAGUAUGAAAACACUACACGCAUGUCCACUGAAGGACAGAACUUAGAAUUAAGUCAGUUAAGACAAGACUUGGAAAGGAAACAACAUGAAUUUAAUGAAAUUAUUGCUGAAAAGGAAACUCUGCUAGCAGAACUGGAAGAACUAGAUAAGCAGAAUCAAGAAGCUACACAGCACAUGAUUAUACUAAAAGAGCAGCUAUCGAAACAGAAUGCAGAAGCUGCUAAUACUGUUAACCAGCUAAAAAUGAACACAGAUUCUGAAAAAAGGAAAACAUCUAAGCUGGAAGCUGAGAAGAUGGAAAUGAAGGAGGAGCUUGAAGCCCAGAGAGAGAAAUUAAGUCAAUGUACAUUUGCACUUAAUGAUUUGCAUAUGACCAAGCAACAACUAGAGACUAAAAUAAAAGAGCUAGAAGAACAGUUAAAAAAAUCCCAGGAUUCUAACUCCAAAAAUAAACAGGAAAUAGUAGAAAUAAAGAAAACUCUGAAGUGUAGAGAAGAAGAGCUUUCUGUAGUCCAAAAUGAGUUAACAAAAGUAAAUCAACAAUCUAACAGUAGUGAUCAAGAUCUUUCAAUCAAAGAAAAAGAAAUUUCUAAACUGAAUGAGCAAAUUGCAGAAAAUAAGCUAGUGAGUAAAGAUUUGGAGAAAUCAGUUUCGGCUCUUCAGAUAGAAAAUGAAAAGCUUCACAUAACAUGUGAAGAUCUAAAACAACAGUUGCAAGAAGCUAAUAGUGGGAAGAGUAAGAUUGCUUUUGAAAAAGAUACUAUGUUGGAAGCUUUGAAAAUAGAAAAAGGGCGGUUAGAAAGUGAACUAGACCAGGCCGAAAGCCGAUUGUUGGAACAGGCUCAUAAAUAUGAGCGUACUAUUGAGGAGCUGUCAAAUGCACGGAACAUGGAUACCACUGCAUUGCAGUUUGAACAUGAACGCUUAGUCAAGAUCAGUCAAGAAAGAGACUUUGAGAUAGCGGAACUGAAGAGGAACAUUGAGCAGAUGGAAGCUGAUCAUGAGGAAACCAAAGAGAUGUUAGCAACUAGCUUAGCAGGGCAAAAGCAACUGACAGAGCUCAUAAAAGAGAAAGAAGUAUUUGUUGAAAAAUUUAAAGCCAGAGCUUCUGAACUGGAGCAGGAACAUGACAUUUAUAUUAAGGACUCCAAACAACUUGAACGUUUAAAACAGCAUUUAGAAGAGAAGGACAGAAGCCUUUCAGUCAUGAAAGAAGAAAAUAAUCAUUUGAAAGAAGAAAUUGAACGCCUGAAGGACCAGCAAAGUAGAUCAGCCCCUUUGGCUGAGCCUAAAACCCUAGAUAUCAUCACUGAACUUGAAGCGGAAAUAACACAAUUAACCGUGCUGAAAAACAAUCUCGAAGAAGAGGUGAAACUUAACAAUAGGACGUUUGAAGAUCAGAAUCAGAAAAUGUCCCAACUCCAGCAAACUUUGGAGGAGCAUAAAAAAGAGAUAGAGGAGUCCAAAUGUCAGCAUGAGCAAAUGCGCAUUGCCCAUAUGCAGGUGUGCUUGGCGAAGGAUGAGGAAAUCAAAAGCUUACAGGGAACAAUAGAACAAAUUAAAACCCAGCUGCGAAACCAGAGCCAUGUCAUUCAGCCAGACCCUUCUAAUCUCUUUCAGGAAACCAAAGUUCAGACACUGAAUGGUGAAAAUGGCAAUGAGAAACAUGACUUGUCUAAGGCUGAAAUAGAAAGGUUAGUAAAGGGCAUUAAGGAAAGAGAAAUGGAGAUCAAGCUUCUGAAUGAAAAGAACGUUUCUCUUAGCAGGCAAAUUGAUGAGUUAUCAAGAGAUGAAGUUGGUAAACUUAUGCAGAUCAUCCAAGAGAAGAAUUUAGAAAUACAAGCUCUCCAUGCCACGGUGUCUUCUUCAUCUUAUAGGCAGGAGGUCCUUUACCUUCAGCAGCAAUUACAAGCCUACGCCAUGGAAAGAGAGCAAGUGUUGGCAGUUCUCAGUGAAAAAACAAGAGAGAACAGUCAGCUAAAAACAGAGUAUCACAAGAUGAUGGAUAUUGUAGCAGCUAAGGAAGCAGCACUAAAGAAACUGCAUGAAGAAAACCAAAAACUAGCCAAUGAGUUUGGAAGUAGCAGCCAGGAUAUGUCCCGAGAGACUAUUAAGAACUUGUCCCGCAUCAUUCGAGAGAAAGACAUUGAGAUUGAUGCAUUAAGUCAAAAAUGCCAGACUCUGUUGACUGUCCUCCAGACAUCCAGUAUGGGUGGAGGGAACGAAUUAGGAGGGAUUAACAGCAAUCAGUUUGAGGAGCUUUUACAGGAACGUGAUAAACUGAAACUGCAAGUGAAGAAGAUGGAAGAAUGGAAGCAACAAGUAACGACCACUGUCCAGAACAUGCAGCACGAGUCUCUUCACUUCCACGAGGAACUGCAAAGGCUUCAGGCACAGAUUUCAUCUGAUUGCGAGAACAGUUCUAAGCUGCAAGUGGAGUAUAAUGGCCUGAUUCAGAACUAUGAGCAGAAUGAGCAAAAGCUGAAAAUGCUUAGCCAAGAAUUAGUGCACGUUCAGCAUAGUAUAGGAGAGCUUAGCAACACCAAGAAUGUUAUUCUAGAGAAGCUUGAUAUGGUAACACCACCUGUGCCCGUAAUCUCUUCCACCAGUGAACAGCCAUUAGCCCUAACCAGCAACUCUGCUUCUCAGAGGCUUACCACUGAGGUCAAACCACUAAAAGAGGAACUGGAGCACAUGAAGAAAACACUGCAGGAAAAAGAUGCAACAAUACGGACUCUGCAGGAAAAUAAUCAGAGAUUGUCCGAUUCCAUGGCUGCAUCGUCGGAAAGAAAAGCUCAAGAGGUGUCAGAAUUGGAGAUCAAGCACUUGAAGGAGAAGUGUGAUGUCUUGCAGAAGUCCCUCAGGGAAAAAGAUCUGCUAAUAAAAUCAAAGAGUGAUCAAUUACUUUCUCUAAGCGAAAGUCUUGGUAAUAAAGAGAACGAGAAUGAGGUGCUGAAGCAAGCUGUGACCAACCUGAAAGAACGAACUCUAGUUCUGGAAAUGGACAUCUGCAAACUGAAAGAAGAAAAUGACAAAAUAGUGGCAAAGUGUCGGGAGAAGGAAACAGAAUUUCGAGCACUGCAAGAGACUAACAUGCAGUUUUCAAUGAUGUUGAAAGAGAAGGAAUUUGAAUCUCAUUCAAUGACGGAGAAGGCUCUGACCUUUGAAAAACUGUUGAAAGACAGAGAGCAGGGAAAAACAGGGGAGCUGAACCAGCUGUUAAAUGAAGCCAAGUCAAUGCAAGAGAAGGCUGUUAUUUUUCAGCAAGAGAGAGAUCAAGUCAUGUUGGCCCUCAAGCAGAAACAAAUGGAAACCAGCGCCCUUCAGAAUGAGGUGCAGCAUCUACGUGACAAGGAACGGCGUCUGAACCAAGAACUGGAGAGGCUGCGCAAUCACCUCUUAGAACGGGAAGACACUUCCACACGUGAAGCCUUAGCCUCCGAAGAUCGAGAAUCUAAGCUUAAAAAGAAAGUUCAGGUUUUGGAGGAAAAGCUACUUUCCUCGUCUACUGCUGUAGAAAAUGCCAGCCAUCAGGCAAGUAUGCAGGUGGAGUCCUUGCAAGAACAGUUAAACCUUGUCACUAAGCACAGAGACGAAACUGUCCUUCAACUAACAAUUUCGCAAGAGCAGGUGAAACAGUAUGCAAUGUCCCUUGCCAACCUGCAGAUGGUGCUAGAGCAGUUUCAACAAGAAGAGAAAGCCAUGUAUUCUGCUGAGCUACAGAAACACCAAAGGCAAACUGCAGAAUGGAAGAAAAAAGCAGAGCAGCUAGAGGAGAAAGUGAUUUCAUUGCAGGAAAGCUUAGAGGAGGCAAAUACAGCCUUGGAUUCUGCAUCAAGGCUAACAGAACAGCUGGAUCUCAAGGAGGAGCAAAUUGAGGCACUAAAGAGAGAAGGUGAAAUCAAACAAGAAAUGUUAGAAGAUGCGCAAAACAAGCUAAUGAACCUUAUAAACAGCACAGAAGGAAAAGUAGACAAGGUCUUGAUGAGAAAUCUUUUCAUUGGGCAUUUUCAUACUCCGAAGAAUAAGCGUCACGAAGUAUUAAGGCUAAUGGGAAGUAUCUUAGGAAUAAAGAAGGAUGAACUAGAACAGUUAGUGUUAGAAGACCAAAAAGGUGUUACACGAUGGAUGACUGGAUGGUUUGGAGGAGGAACCAUGGGAUCAAAGAGUGUUCCCAGUACACCUCUGCGACCAACCCAUCAAUCAAUUUUUAACAGUUCUUUCUCAGAAUUAUUUGUGAAGUUCCUUGAAACAGAAUCACGUCCAACUCUUCCUCCACCAACGCUUUCUGUGCAUGACAUGAAGCCGUUAGGAGCAACAGGAAUCGGCAAGCCCAGCACUAAUUGCCCCGGCAGCAUCGCAGAUCCAACAGGUCCGGGAACCACCAAGAGACCAGAUGCAAACCCAUUCCUUGCUCCUCGCUCAGCAGCUGUCCCUCUCAUCUCCCCAGCCAAUCUCGGAACCAGUGGAUCUGGGCACCUGCUUAUGAAACCUAUUUCUGAUGCUUUGCCCACUUUCACGCCUUUGCCAGUAGCACCUGACGCUAGUGCUGGUGCAGUACUAAAAGACCUAUUAAAGCAAUAGACACUUCUGAGUUGGUGAUGACAAUGAUAACAGCACUUUAAGGAGAGAGAGAAAACCGUUGCAUUCAUAUAAUAUACCGUAAAGAGGCCUUUUGUAAAAAGUUGUGUUGAUGGUUUCAGUUGCUUUUAACAUUUUUUUCCCUUUAAAAAUACAAUUAUGAACUAAUGAAAUGCUUUUGAGUAUGUUGGCUACAGCAAGAAUAGUCAUUCUUGUUGUAUGAGUAGGCUGAGUUAACUUCUAAGCAAGGGAAAAGGUGAUCUACAUGAAAAAUUAUAAGAAUUAACACCAGCUUUUUAACAAAUCAAGGUGUUCUACCCAUGUAGAACUGCAAGAGAAGCGUCUGAAAAGCUGCAAGUCAGAAUAUAAAUGGAAUAUUAUUCUAGGAUGUAUUUUUAUAUCGUUGGCACAAGUUCUCCAGAAACGGCUGUUGGCACACGAGGGAUCUUGUGCAACAGGGAGAGGUAACAUGCAGACCACAUUUUGUCCAUACAAGUCUAGCUUCAGCUGCCGUAGUUCACCUCUUUUUGGAGUGUAGAAUGGUGGGAAAGUAUGUAUCUGCUAUGACUGCUGGGUGAGCUUGAGGAACAUAAGUUCUGAACCCACUGAAUGUAGUAUUAUCCGAUGUAGUGCUGAGCUAGAAAUGCUUACCUACUUUUCUGGCAUCUUUUUGGCUUGAAUUGUGCAGACAUGGAGCUUAGAAGUAGGGAGCUGUAAAAGUAUUAUGCUCCACAUGAAUGGUAUCAGUUGACCAAGUCUGUUUUCUAGGGGCAAUAAAUGCAGUAGGCUCACAACAACAUUGUCUCCUGGUGACCAGAAAAUAGUCUGCGUUAGCCAGUCUGCUUAUAAGGGGCAGAUGCAGUGGGAAGUCCAUAUUGCGCUCAUGUACACAUGCUCCUCUCUAGCUCUGUUGACAACUCGUGUCUGUGGAAGAUGCUUUUUUUGAAGUCCCAUGAAAAAAUGUUAGCUGCAACUCUUUUGUGUAUGUGCAAGUUUAUGUUAGUACAUGGCUUUCUAUGUUAGUACAAUGUCUCUGUUGACUUUUCCUGUCUCAAGUUGUUACUCAUAAGGAUGAAAAUAUCAGACCUGCCAGCACUAUGGAGUUCAUAAACAUUUUUCAAAUUUCCACGUACCCACACUUUGGUAAAUGGCCACUGGUAGGAAACCAUAUGUAUAUUUAUACUGUGUGUUUGAAAUAUGUUGUAUUGCAUUCAUUCAAGAUGUAUAUUUAAGAGAGACACAUAGAUUUUAAUGGAGGUAUAAAGUAUGAACAUAUGUAUAGAGCUUUGCUCCGGUUAAGUAGAUGCUUUAUUCCAAAUGUGUAAAUAGCAGCCAGCAGAAUUCUGUAAAUUUUGCCACACAUUGUACAAUUGACACACACAUACUGGAAGGAGCACUUGCCUCCUUGGAUGAAUAGUUUUGAGCCCCAGCAUCUCUCUAAAGUGUCCUUUUUUCUAAAUCUUUGAAGUUUUACGCUGCUGUUUGUGUAAUUAGUAUUAAGGUCACGUUGUAUAAGUUCUAUAUUAGAACUUGCAGCCUUUCUUCCUCUUCCUCUGCAAUUGAAUUGAAUUACUAUAGAGUGAAUCAUGGCUAUGUAGUUGGCCAAGAGCUGCCAAGUUAAUGCAUUCAAGGAGCAUUUUGUUUUUAUUUAUAUAUUGGUAAAGACUCGGAAUGCUUCUAAACGAAUCUCUGGUAAGAUUUGAAGAGGCUCUAUUUAACAGUGAAGUGCUAUAUUUUCACCUUUUUCAUGUUCCAAUUCCAUUCACGGUUUCACUUUUUUUGUAGAUUGGGAUGGUCUGUUCAAAAUAAACACAUAGCAUAGGUUAUUGUUUUGAAAUUUAAUACCAGUUUAUUAAAUGUUAAUUCCCACAAUGGAUUCUUUAGCAAAUUCAUGUAUUUUUUUUUAAAAAAAAAGAACCCCAGUUUCUGGAAUUCAAUAAGCAUGCUGUUUUGUGCCCUAGUAUGAAUGAUAAGCAAAAACUAAAUUUGAAAACUUUGUUUCAUCACAUGUUUUAAUGCUUCCAUUAUAGACCACUUGAAAUGUUUUCUUUGAAAACCAACUUGUUUUUUUUUCCAAUAGACUAUAAAGAAAACUUAAACUACA